AUGGUCGAGGAUUCGGACGAGGGAGACGACGUGGACGACACCCCCUUCCUCGACAUCGCGCACGAGCGCUCCAGCGUUGGCGACGGCGACGGCGCCUCCGCGGUUGGCGGUGCCUUUAGCGCCAGCAAGUCUCGCUAUAACGUCGAGGACUUCGAGAUGCUCAAGGUGCUGGGCAAGGGCGCGUUCGGAAAGGCACUCGGAGCCCUGCCCCUGCCCCCUACGAGCGCGCGCCCGAAGCCGACCUGCCGCGUACAGGUGAUGCUCGUCAAGGCGCGCGACCACGGGACGGUGUACGCGAUGAAGGUGCUCUCCAAGGCGGUGCUGCUGGAGCGCAAUGAGGUGACGCACACGCGGACCGAGCGGAAGACGCUCGAGGACACGCACCACCCCUUCCUCGUCCACCUGCGCUUCGCCUUCCAGAGCCCGUCCAAGCUGUUCCUCGUCAUGGACUACUGCUGCGGCGGCGAGCUCUUCUACCACCUCAAGUGCCGCGGCCGCUUCGACGAGCCACGCGCGCGGCUGUACGCGGCCGAGAUCGCGUCGGCGCUCUCGCACCUCCACUCGCGCAAGGUUAUCUACCGCGACCUGAAGCCCGAGAAUGUGCUGCUCGACAGCGACGGCCACGUGCGGCUAACCGACUUUGGCCUCGCCAAAGACGCGAUGGAGCUCUCCGACAAGACGCACACCUUUUGUGGCGCGCGCUGCCGCCGCACCCGCACGCCCGACUACCUCGCGCCCGAGGUGAUCCGCGGCGGCGGCCACGGCCGAGGCGUCGACUGGUGGAGCCUCGGCACGAUGAUCUACGAGAUGCUCGGCGGCCUCCCUCCGUACUACUCAGAGAACGUGAACGCCAUGUACGAGAAGGUGCUGCGCGCGCCCCUCGAGUUCCGGCCAGAGACGGCCUUCUCGUCCGACGCGAGGGACUUGCUCCACGGCCUGCUGCAAAAGGAGCCUGAGCAGCGGCUCGGCUCGUCGGCUCGCGACGGCGAGGAGCUGCGAGAGCACCGGUGGUUUGCGCCGAUCGAUUGGGCCAAGCUCGAGCGGCGCGAGCUCGAGCCGCCCUUCAAGCCGGAGGUCGGCCACGAGACGGACGUGUCCAACUUCGACGAGGAGUUCACGUCGGAGGUCGCGCAAGAGUCGUUCGGAAGCGACUCGGCUCUGAGCGCGAAGGCCGCCGCCGCCUUCGCCGGCUUCACCUAUACCGACGCGUCAGCGCUCGCCUGA